GUAAUUUGUGAUCCUUUCAGUUUUUUGAACUUAUGCGUACUUAUAUUUUGUGUAUAAAUUUCCAUUGCUAGCUUGAUUUUCUUUUUCGGCGAAUUUUUAGUUGUGAUCAUUUAAACGAUGGAAUUUUAAAGAAUAUCAUAGCUUAGAUUAGGUAUUCAGACUUUUAUUUAGCCCUAAAUCAACUGAUAAUUUCAUGCUUGGAAAAAACUCAUUUUAAUUUCAUAGGGUUUAGUGAAAUGGGUCUGGAAUUUGUGUUACAUUUUUGGGGUUUAGGUAUUCGAUCAUAGUUAUACUCUGAAAUGCCAAGAUAUUCAAUGAAUUUCCUGCGAUGAUUAUUAGGAGAUUAUAUUUAUAAAAACACACAGUUAUAUAUGGGUCCUGUGUAAUCUAGAGAGUGUAUUUGGGAUUAGGUGUGGUAGUAUUUGAUUGAGUACCAGUGGCUGGUGGACAUGGCUUGGUACCAUCAAUGUAGCCAAGAAGGUCACAGCCAAUGAAGAGUGACUGAAAAUGUAGUUUCCAAGAGAGAUAGUUCAUAGAGAAGUUUGGUGAUUUCGUUCGUUGACAAAUACGAGUGCAUUAUUUACUCUGUUGUAUCUAAGUCAGAUGGACUACAGCUCGGACGAAGAAUCUGAUAUUAGUGACUCUGAAAUCAACGAUUAUUCUGACAAACCAUAUGCAGAAUUGAGGGCAGGAAAGUAUAAAAUCAAGGGUCCGAAUGGUGCUCUUAGGUGUCCCUUUUGCGCUGGGAAGAAGAAGCAAGACUACAAGUUUAAAGACCUUCUGCAGCAUGCUUCAGGAGUUGCCAAAGGUUCUGCCAACAGAAGUGCAAAACAAAAGGCAAACCACCUUGCCUUGGCAAACUAUUUGCAUACUGAACUAGCAAAGGAGCCAGAUCAUACUCAGCAGCUUAUUAUCCCAAGACCAGUUCCACAAUAUAAUGAAGAAGUUGAACUGUAUGUGUGGCCUUGGACUUGUAUUGUGGUUAACAUUGUCAGCGAAAGUAAGGGUGAACUAACCUUUCCAGAUUCUGAUCAUUGGCUGGCAAAGUUUGCCAAAUAUAAACCUUCUAAAGUUCAAACAUUUUGGAAUGGAAAGGACCCGACUGCAGAAGCCAUUGUAGAGUUUGAUGGGAACUGGAAUGGUUUCAUGAGUGCUUCUGAAUUUGAAAAAAUGUUUGAAAGCGAUGGUUUCAGCAGAAAGCAUUGGGUAAAUGCACCUGAAAUGCGCCGUGGCUCGAAUAUCUAUGGCUGGUGUGCUCGUGCAUUUGAUUAUAACUCCGAUGGACUAAUAGGGGAGUACCUUCGUCAGAAUGGCAAGCUGACAACUGUAUCUGAUAUUGUCAAUGAAGCAGCUCAGAACAGAAUCAAUGUUGUGGCAACCCUGGCUAGUAAAAUUGAUAUGACAAAUAAGGACCUGGAUGACCUGCAAUAUAAGUACAAUAAAAAAACAAUGUCUUUAAGCAGGAUAAUUGAAGAGAAAGACCGUCUUCAUGUAGCUUUUAUUGAAGAAACAAAGAAGAUGCAGCGGAGGGCACGUGAAAAUGUCAAAAAAAUUAUAGAAGAAAAAGAAAAAUUGAGUUAUGACUUGGAGAUGAAGAAAAAGAAACUUGACUCCUGGAGCAAAGAGAUAAACAAACGUGAAGCACUAACUGAACGCGAAAGGGAAAAACUUGAUGAGGACAAGAAGAAGAAUGAUAUGAUAAACAGUUCACUUGAGUUAGCUUCAAUGGAGCAGAAAAAGGCUGAUGAGAAUGUCUAUAGGCUGGUUGAAGAGCAAAAGAGGGAGAAACAAGAAGCCUUGAAUAAAAUUCUUCAGUUAGAAAAGCAGCUGGAUGCUAAGCAGAAGUUGGCAAUGGAAAUUGAAGAGUUAAAGGGGAAGUUAGAGGUGUUGAAGCAUCUAGGAAAUCAAGAUGAUGAGUCAGUUCAGAAGAAGAUGAAAGAAAUGAAAGAUGAAUUACAGGAAAAGCAUGAAAAUCUGGAGGACUUGGAGUCUUUGAAUCAAACUCUUUUGAUGAAGGAGCGUGAGACCAAUGAUGAGUUACAAGAAGCUCGCAAAUCAUUUCUUGAGGGGUUGCCUGAUUUAUUAAGUGGUCGUAGUAACAUUGGAAUAAAAAGAAUGGGAGAUCUCGACCAGAAGCCCUUCCUUGAUAUUUGCAAGAAACGAUUUUCUCUGGACGAAGCUCAGCUGCAGGCCUCCACCCUAUGCUCCUUGUGGCAAGAAAAACUGAAAAAUCCAAGUUGGCAUCCAUUCAAGGUGGUGACUAGUAAUGGGAAUCCUGAGGAAAUUAUAGAUGAGGAAGAUGAGAACCUUAGAAAUCUCAAGAAUGAGUGGGGAGAAGAGAUACAUGCUACCGUUGUUACAGCCUUGAAAGAAAUGAACGAGUAUAAUCCGAGCGGAAGAUACACUGUUCCUGAACUUUGGAAUUUUAAAGAAGGAAGAAAAGCCACACUUAAGGAAGUUGUUGCUUUUUCGCUAAUGAGUAUGAAAAAAUUGAAGCGCAAGAGAGCUUGGUGAAUGUCAAGGACUGGAGUGACAGGGGGUUGGUGAGUCAAUAGUGGGAGCUAAAAUUGGUGGCAGCAGAAGAAGAUGAUGGUUAGAAAAGGAUCUGCAAAUUUAGUAUUUGUUUCUCAGAAAUAUUUUGGAGUUUUACUAAUAGACAGGCUUGUUGGAUUUGUUGUUCUAUUCAGCUGAAUUUUAGUCUUAAACUUCUAAUAUGGGUACUAAUGUUAGAGAUGUUCUACCAAAUUAUUGUUCAUAUAACACUAGUAUAAUAUAGUGGAACUUCUACUUUAGACAAUUUUAUUCUCUAUGACUUUAAUGGAACCAUUUUCACUCUGCAA